AUGGAUCGGAUCAAAGGUCCAUGGAGCCCCGAAGAGGACGAUGCCCUAAAGAAACUUGUUGAGCGACACGGCCCUCGAAACUGGUCCCUCAUCAGCCGUGCUAUCCCCGGCCGCUCUGGUAAAUCCUGCCGCCUUCGUUGGUGUAAUCAGCUUUCUCCUCAAGUCGAGCAUCGCGCUUUUACACCUGAAGAAGAUAGUCUCAUAAUCAGAGCCCAUGCCCAGGUCGGUAACAAAUGGGCCACGAUAGCCCGAUUACUCUCCGGCCGAACUGAUAACGCUAUCAAAAACCACUGGAACUCAACUCUCAAGCGUAAGUGUUCUUCCUUCAUGGCUUCCGACGAUCCAUCCUUCAAUCCUCAGCCGCUCAAGCGCUCCGCCAGCGUCGGCGCGCCAGGUAGUCCUUCUGGCUCCGAUUUAAGCGAUUCCGGAAAUCACAUCUUCCGUCCUAUUCCAGUUCCGGUUCCGGUUCGAUUACCUAUCGAAACAACAUCCGAACCCGAACAAGAGGAAGACGACGGUCCAUUAACCUCGCUGUCGCUGUCGCUAUCUCUUCCAGGCGUGGAUACAUCAGAUGCGGUGAACCGUCCUGCCGCGGUUACGGUUAAUCCUUCUCCUUCUCCGAUAACUGCUGUAACGGCUUCUGUGGCGGCGAAAGUUUCGCAGGAAGUUGGAAUCGGAGCGUUGAAUUUGAGUGGAGAGUUUAUGGCGGUUAUGCAGGAGAUGAUAAAGAAUGAAGUGAGGAGUUACAUGGAAGAGCGUAACGGAAUGUGUUUUCAGGGUGUGGAUAGGCUCAGAAACGUUUCUGCGAAACCAAUUGGGAUUAACAGGGUUGAUUCCUAA